UUUAAAUGAUCUGCAUUUAACAUUUGAAGUAAAUGUAGCUUAUAAUUAGAAAAUGCAAACUGGCAAGAUGGAAAAAAAUCAAGGAGAUGCUGCCUCGAACGGAUUCCGAUAUAGUCAACCCAGGUCAAGCAUGUUAAACUUCACUUCGAACACGUUUAAUAAUCCUCCGCAUGUUUCGAAAACAAUAAAUCCAAAUAAGGCAGUUUUUACAAUUGACGCACAUACGGGAAAAAUCUUUAUCGUCAAUAAUAAUGCUUGCCAAUUAUUGGGAUAUACUUCCCACGAGCUGCGAAGGAAAUCCUUCUUCGAUUUACUGCAUUGUAAGUCAGACAAUCACAUUUCUGCAUUGGCCGAAAUGCAAAUUGAUAGUGAUGAAGGGAUUGUCGUAUUACUCAGCGGAAAAGUUAUUGAAAUGAAGACCAGUUACAACACAAAAGUAGUAGUGUCUUUGUGGAUUCGCCAAAUCGACAAUGAUGGAAGAAAUAUAGCUGUUGCUGAACCGGUUCAGAGACACAUUUGCCUAGUCAGCGUGGACCGAUGUGGCGUCAUAACAUCAGCAGAUAGUACAACAGCUACUAUAUUUCUAUAUGAAUCAGUUGAAGAUAUUGUUGGAGUUCACAUUUCAUCACUGAUACCAUUUAUUAAAUUACCGGAUCCCGAUUGCAAGCAGAUUUCAAAAAGCCUACGUAAGCAAAGAGCUACCGGGAGAACGACCGAUAAUGUGAAGUUUCCGCUUUGCUUACACAUUGCUCCGUAUGAACCAACACCCUCAGAAAACAUCAGCAAAGCUUGCUUUCAAAUUACAAUUUGGGUAUUUCAAAAUCUAAGCGGAUUAAUUGUUGUGGACGAAAUGGGCAAUAUUCAAACGUGUAACCAACCAUUUUCACUUCUUAUGUUUGGUUAUAGUCAAGAAAAAAUUACAAAUAUGCACAUAUCUUCGAUCCUACCGAAUUUCGGAAAAGACUUGCAGGAAGAUAAAAGCCCGAAUAUCUCAAAUACGUCUAUAACAAGCAACGAGUGGGAACCUGAAUCUGACCCAUUUGAUCCAGAGAAUGAGCCAUCAUUUCAGUUAAAUAAGAAAAAUACAAUUGCAAAACCAAGCAGCCAAUCAACAGUUGGGGAAUUAACGAAUGAUCUAGGAGUUAUAAAUAAAACCGAAAAUACUGGCGACAUUUGCAGUACUGUAACUACGAAUACUGGAAAAUUAUUGGAUGUUGAUCCAGAGGUCAAUGAUUUAGGGGCAGAUGAUGCUUUAACGCCUGUAAAUACUUCAAAUGAGUUUUUGGAACCGGAGCAAGAUAAUGCCAGAUCCAUGCAAAAUGCGCCAUUGGACUCGACGAGCAAUAGCCUUUCCUCGAAACUGUUAAGCUGCAGAGAUGGACGGUACAUAGGUGAGGCUAUUCACGAGGACGGUACGAUAAUAGAUGUCUUGUAUUCUGUGUCAAUUCAAGUUCUACCGUGCUCAAAUCGUGAAUAUUAUUGCAUUUGGGUAUGUCGAGAUCCCAACACACGCUUCGACAACGAUAAAUAUGCCAAUCUUACUUUAACAUUUAAUAGCAUGACCAGUACAGUCGAACCACAGUCAUUGGGACAAGUCAUUAAAACUACAGCUGCCCAAAAUUCGAGCCGGCCAAACUCCCUUUCGCUUGUCUCCAAAUAUGAGGAUGAAAUAUUCUCUGGAGAGUACAGUAAGCACUACACAUCUAUUAAGCAAAUUGGAAAAGGUGCUUAUGGAUAUGUGAAAUUGGCGUUUCGUAAUUCGGAUCGCCUCCUAGUUAUAACAAAGUUUAUACUUAAGGAAAAGCUAUGUGCGGAGUUCAUGGUGAAAAGUCACGAAGGCAAGGAUAUUCCCAUCGAGAUACACCUGCUGCAAACCUUGAAACAUCCUAAUGUCGUUUCCGCAAUGGAUGUGUUUGAAAAUGAUUUUUUCUAUCAACUGGUAAUGGAAAAACACGGGCCAGGAAUUGAUCUUUUUGAAUUUAUUGAGCGUCGUCCACUUAUAGAUGAAAAACUAGGCAGUUACAUUUUUCGCCAAAUCGCGAAUGCGGUUAACUAUCUGCAUGAACAAAAGAUACUUCAUCGGGAUAUAAAAGAUGAAAAUAUUAUAAUAGAUCAUCACUUUAACAUAAAAUUGAUUGAUUUUGGAUCUGCCACAUUUAUGGAAGAAGGUAAAUAUUAUUCCACAUUCUAUGGAACAACGGAAUACUGUAGCCCAGAAGUCUUAGCUGGUAAUAAAUAUGCCGGUCCUGAGUUAGAGGUGUGGUCUCUUGGUGUCACCCUCUACGUAUUAAUGUUUUUCGAAAAUCCGUUCAUUGAUGUGGAAGAAACUUUAAAAGCCGAUGUACAUAUUCCCAGUAAAAUCUCAGAACAACUUAAACACUUGUUGAUCUCAAUGUUGAACAAAGAUCCCAAAUUUCGUUGCACAAUGAAGACACUAAUAAAUGAUCCUUGGGUAACGCAGGAGGUCAAUGCUUCUCUUUUCAAUUUUGCAUGGAUUGUUCCAUGCAAGCCGCAUGAGGCAAAUCCAGAUAUUUUUUUUUCGGGACAGCUUUACUCAAGUACCUCCGUAUUGUCAACAAUUUCGCCACAAGACAGUUUCUCUCAAAUCGACGAGUGCUCCAUUGAAGAAAGCAUAGAGGAAAAGUCACUUACUCAUAAAACAGAAACCGAAUCUUUUGCAAAAGACGGAAAAGUAAUGGAAAAAUACCAAACAAGUUGCCAACAAGAUAUGCCAAUGGAGGAUAAAAUUAUUUUUAAUCGAGAAUCGAGAGCAUUAUCAACAUCAAAAGAUAUUAUAUCUUAUGUCGAUCAUUUUCAUCUGCAAACCAAUGAAACUCGAAAUAAGUUAUCUUUGUCUAAAUCUGAAAAUAACAUUCACCAAGACACGCUCGACCCAUCCGUGUCAGUAUACAAUGUCGUUAGUUUGCAUGACGUUAACCUAAAAACCAAUCCUCUGAACUGCAAACUAAACCAUGUUUCAAAUUUGCAUAUAAGUAAAGAAGGGGUAGAUUUUCAUCUUUCCAAUAUGGAGUCCCAAAAAUAAGAAACAUUUGAAAGAACUGGGUUCGGAGCGCAUGGUACGAAAUGGUACUAAAGUACUUGUAGGUUCAUUUUAAAAAAUAAAAAAAAGUUGCAGUAUAAAGUAGGAAGUUGACAUGUGUAUAGGUAGUGUGGAUAUAUGUAGCGGUACAAUGAUAGAUAUAGUAAUGUGAUUUCUUAACUGUACAGAUAAUAAUUGAAAAACGAAAACCAUGGGAUAGAGAUUAUUGGUGUAACAAUAUUAAAGAGUUUUUAUUUUUAGAUGUUAUCAUAGCUACAAGCAUACAUAAACUAAAUAAGUCGAAUUGGCAUUCGGAAUGCAUUUUACAGACAAAUGUAUUUGUAAAUACACACAAUUUAAUAUCCAUGCUUUUAUAUGCCGCAUCAAAGACAGAAUUAAUUCCUUUCAUUGGCGAAGUUAUUGGAAUCAACACAAAAAGUUUUGUUCGAUCCACGAAGCUUUAGUUGUUUUUUUCCCCAAAUAUUGCGGAAAAUUUAAUCAGUUACAGCUCAUCUGAAAAAUAUAUUAUCCAAACCUAGCAGAAUAAUACCCUAGAUGCUAAAUGGGUACGUAACGCGCCCAUUAUCUGACGCGACAGUUAUUUAUUAUUUAUACAUAAGUAAUUAUGUUAAAAUCGGAUAUAAGAAUUUUAUCCUUCACUGAUCAUAAGAUUUGGUUGAGAUAUUUAAACCUGAGGAAUUACCGUAGACUAUCUAUGAUUAAGUUUCAAAUCCACUUUAAAAUAUAGUCUCUUUAAUUGCACACUAUCUCCCUUAAUGAUGGGUUAUACUCGGUCAAACAUAGCUAGCUAUUCGGACCUUACUCAUGUCGUAUUUUUUUUUUUUUGGUUGAAGCAUGUAUUAAUUAGGAAAAGGUGGAAACACGAUAAAUUCAAAUCGCAUAUACAUGCAUACACAUAUAUAUUAAAUGUUAAUAAUCAAAUGGUUUAAGGAGUUGAAUAUUUGAGGAAUUGCAAAGUUGUUAAAAGUAUAGUAAAUGUGAAAAACAAUUACUUCAAAUACUAAUAAUUGUUGUGUACAUAAGAAAAAAUGUAA